GAUUGCAUAGGCUGUGCGAUGCGGGGGGAAGAAAAAUAGGGGAAUGCCUAUAUCCUAAAUUCAUCGGGCAUCUACGUUUUAAGUGCACGCUUAAAGGGCAGUGGUUUUUAAAUAUAUAUUAAUUCCAUCUGUUGACUGCGGCGUAAAUCCGUGGUCGUUUCGUGCCAGCUUGCUUUAGGAGCGCGGAUUCAUAAAUCCCCGCUGCGGUUGUGCGUGCGUGCGUUCUUUGUGCGUGCGCGUUUGUGCGCGUGUGUACACCGGCGUUCGGGGCACUGCGUGGCACAUCGCCACCAUGGAUGCAGAAAAUAUUCAGCUCCUGGAAGAAAGCAAGAAGAAAGCGUUUUAUUCCGCGGGCUUCAUAAGCCCAGCACCAAUAAGCGGGCUCAACGGCGCGUUCAGGAGCAAACCGUCGGGGCGAGCUGCAUCGGACCCGGGCUUGGAGGGACUGCACCUGGAGACGCUGCGCACAGGUGGCGGUGAUGAGGACGAGUUUGGGGGCCGCCACUACUGCCACGCGCGCAACACGGAUCGCUCGGAGGGAGAGCGCAGGCACGCUCGUAGGAAACUCUGCAUCGCCGCCGUGAUCUGCCUCCUGUUCAUGGCCGGGGAGAUUUUCGGAGGCUUCCUGGCGCACAGCUUGGCCAUCAUGACGGACGCGGCACACCUCUUUGCCGACUUUGCCAGCUUCUCCAUCAGCCUCUUCUCCCUGUGGGUGUCGUCACGCCCCCCCACCAAGACCAUGAACUUCGGAUGGUACAGGGCUGAGAUCCUUGGAGCCCUGCUGUCGGUGCUGACGAUCUGGGUGGUGACGGGAGUCCUGGUCUACCUGGCCUCCCUGAGGCUCAUCUACAAAGACUUUGAGAUCGAGGGGACAGCCAUGCUCGUCACGUCUGGCUGUGCCAUCGCUGUAAACGUCAUAAUGAGCUUCACGCUCUACCAGGCGAACCACCUGCACAGUCACGGGGGCGCGACGGCCGACGCCACGGAGCCCAAGCCGACGACGAUGGCGGAAGGCCCCAUGCCGGGCCCGCAGGCGAACCCCAGCGUCCGAGCCGCCUUCAUCCACGUCAUCGGGGACCUCCUGCAGAGCAUCGGCGUGCUCAUCGCCGCGUGCGUCAUCUACGCAGAGCCUGAAUACAAGAUUGCGGAUCCCAUAUGCACCUUCGUAUUCUCAUUCUUUGUCCUCUUCACGACGGUCACCAUUUUGCGAGACGUCCUCCUCGUGCUCAUGGAAGGUGCGCCGAGGGCUGUGAGGUUCGCCGACGUGCAGGAGGCUCUUCUUGCAUUGCCCCACGUGUGCUCUGUGCACGAUGUGCACCUCUGGUCUCUGACCAUCAACCACUGCGCCAUCUGCGCUCACAUCUGUGUCGACGACAUCGGGAAGGGAGAAGAAGUGGUCAAAGAAGCGACGGUCCUCCUCCAGACGCGUUUCUCCUUCAGCAUCCUCACUAUCCAGGUGGAGAAGUUCACCGAGGACAUGCACAGCUGCCGUGACUGCCAAGAGCCCAGCGGGUAACAACCCCAAGGGCGAGCUGCAGAGGUCACUCAAGUAGCGUGUGGGCAACGGAGCCCAUCGACGAGAGCAUUCAGUGAAACUCUCAAUUAUCCGAAGUUAUGGGAGGGGAGGGAUGGCCCCGGAUAAAGUAAAAACACGGGCAAUUGCAAAAAAAAUGUCAUUAGGCUAUACAAUAAUUUGUUCAUCUUCUAAAAUAAUAAAAAUAAAACAUAUUUUAUAAUAAUAAUAAAAAUAAAACAUAUUGUAUUAUGUUUUAUUUUAAUUAUUUUAUUAUUUCCCUUCUAUGUGACUUUACCGAAAGAACCAGAAGAUGAAUCCCUGCAGUCACGAAAGCUUUAAAUCAAUAAUGUGUUGUUUACCUACACAUACAAUUCCCUCCGUUAAUAUUUGUUUUGUAAAAGCAAUCAAUUGACUUACCAACCUUUCUGUGGGCACAUGGGCACUCAGUAACCGACCCCUCGAUGGACUAGGAGCAGACAAUAAAAACAGCGCGUGUUAAAAAGUUUUCAAAUGAGCACUGUCCUUUUGCAAACCGGAUAAUCUGCCCACCGAUAAUCGCGAGUCAACUUUCGUUGCCAUGCAGACAAUAAUGCUGGGACGGGUCUAGUAAAAAAAAUGACCAGGCAGCCAAUUAGUGAGCAGGGAUUUAUUGAGAAAGUUUAAUUACUGAGAGACAUGUAACGAUAGACCCCCCCACCACCACCACCAGCGAAUCGGACAAUUGUCGUUAUUCGAGGUUGUGAUUGUUUCCUUUCUCACAUUUUUCCAUCUCGCUUGCAUUUUCUUCUUGAUUGUUCCGCCUCAUUUGUGCAAUUCUGUUUGCUUCGGUAUUCUAAAUGUAGCACGAGCAAAAUCACGCAACCAAUCGUGAAUGACAGGUUGUCACGCGCAUGUUUGUAUGCACGUCUGCAUGUAUCGUUAUUGUGAAGAAUCGAUCCAUCGUUAAAUGCCUCGCUACUCCAGAGUGGCAUUUCGCCCAACAGUUCACCUGUCGGCAAGGUUUUAGUGGGGCAUGCGCUUGGCUGGGAAGGUUGAAUUUCUGCGAGUUUGUAUUUUUUUUCUGGAGUUCACAGCGCCACCGUUUGUGCAACGAUAAAAUGCCGGCACAUCCAUUGAAUGGUCCAUGAGAUGCAUAACAUCAAAGUGUCAACAGCUGGCAGAUAGGUAACACAUCCUGCUCUUUAGCUCGCCGAUGUAUUGUCAGGUCCGUACCGCAUGCUGUUCUGCAUGAUGCCCGACGUUUCACUCUGCGUGCCGGGAUCAGCACGCGGCACAGCCCGAUGACGCACGAGAGAGCCACACAGCACGACCGCGAAAACCCACGUGGUUGCGAAUCCGCUGUCCAACUCACCCGAUGCUCCGACUGAACAGAUUGUGAAUGCGCACGGCAUUAGAAGUUGAAUUGACAAAGUUCUCAAUUUUAGCCGAUUCUUCGUGCAAUGAGCACUUCAAUAGCCAUCAAGGUUGGUCUCAGGGCUAGGGAUCACCCUCACCCUCUUAUUCGGUGUGUUCCUGGUGGGCUGUCAUCGUUGUACCAAAAUAACUCACACAACGAUGAUCAUCACCACAACUCGUGUGAUAUGUCAAUGUCAUGCCAAAACUUCGUGCAUCACAAAGUGAUAUAAUGGGCGGUGUUUUGGUUUGCAUCGUCGUAAUUGCGUUAGGGCGGUGGUAACAAUCUCUUUGAAAAUGUUCUGUAUGUGGACCUCAUCUUUUGGAUAUGCACGGCCUUAAUUAUAAUUCAGACGAAUAGACGCGUGUAAUAUAUUGUACGCUGGAUGUAAUAUCUGAUUUAGAACGUCAAAAACAUCUGUACAUUAAAACGUGUGUUUACUACUGAUGAUGAACAUUCCAAAAAAAAAAACACAUUUCACGUUUUGCAUUAUAUAAAAAAAAUUUUUGAAUGGCUCGCUCCAGUGCGUAAUUGCGCAACCAAUCUGUAAAUAUCAAGGUCUGGCACACAACAAGUAAAGCAUUAUGACAGCAGUUUGAGCACAUGGCGCUUGACAAAUAGGCCAAAUGCGCACAGGGGCUUGGAACGAGACGCUGCAAAUUGAUGAAAUGGAACAGGCAGUCCAUAUGGCCCUCCGUGACCCAUGCACAUGAUGGGGAAGCUGACGGGCUCGGAACACAACGCUAAACAUCGCUCAUAAAAUAGCUCUCUGUUGAGUCUAAUGGGUCGUGCCGCUUGUUGUUCUGCAUGAUGACCGACGUUUCGCUGCAAGUGCUGGGGGCUUCUUUAGGAGCUUCGCGAGCGGAUCCGACAGACGCACAUCGGAGGGCUGUGUACAGCACAAUCGUGACAACCAGCCGCAGUAGGGUCCCUGGUUAAACAAAUAUGAAAAAAUGAAUGUUAUACUCUUUGGUUCUUUCGGUAAGUCACGUAGUUAGAAAUAAAAUAAAAUAAAACAAAUCACGACGUUUCGAUCGCAACACAAGUAGACGUCAUCAGGCAAAGGAGUCAGCCUCUAACCAGCCUCUAACUACGUGAUUUACCGACAGAACCAAAGAGUAUGGAUUCCUGCAGUCACGAAAGCUUGAAAUGAAUUUUAUGCUAACGCUUUUGAUAGACUGCGUCUCUGAGUUUUAAAAUACCAUCACUCAGAAUGUUAAAACUGCUGCAACUGGUUGAAGGCACAGUUUAUUUUUCAGUUCAAACAGUGUAGAAUUUAUUAUCCACUCGACGACCAUAGAACGUGCCCUGUAUAAGAACACACUUCUCAGUAUACCUCGAGACAACAACAACAACAAAACCCUCCACUAUGUAUUUCUGAAUAUUCCAUUUAAGCGUCCCAUAAGUUCGGAUGCCAACGAUCGUGGUGGUAGCAUUUCAAUAUUCUCGGCAUGCUGUUUUACCGUCCCAGUGAGAGAUGUGUUUCUCUCCAGCCCUGGCAUCAUCACGCCUGCCGUCGCAAGCUGCUCCCGGCAAAUGGAAUUGUAUUUAUGAGUCAUCUCCACGGUUAAGAAUUCAUACGCGACACUGCGGGAAUUUCGAAUUGGAUUUCAUAGAGGCAGUUGAUGCUCGGUAAUAGAUGGCAGGCUGACUUGUGUUGUAUUGACAGCGUUGGCAAAUGGUUUUGUAUUUCAGAACGCUAGCUUCAGCACAGUGUGAACAUAAUUGCAUCCCUUUGGAUAGACAUUUCACGAUAGUUUGCCGUGGGUAAACAACAAAGUUACGUUUUUUUUGCCUUAUCCCUGCCGAGUUUGUGCAUCCCGGUAAUGAGAUUCGUGUGGCAGUUCUGCAUCGUUGCAUUGUGAGUAUUGUGUCUCAAUGUCCCGUGACUUGCUGUGGCUUUUUGACGGAGACUUCCAACUGUGAUCUUUGGUGGAGUUUUGUUCACGCGAAGUGUGUUUUCAGCAUCCACAUUCGUAAUGCCCGCGAUGCAUUCUGUUUGGUAGUAGGUCCGCUCUCAGAUAGUGAACCUUCUCUCUGCUGGUGCGCGUGCAUUGACUAACCAGACACUCCUCCCUUCGCCUAAUGGUGGGAAUGCUAAGUGAAAUAUAUGCUGUAACGCUGUGAGCCGUUCUUCACGCCUGUCCAAAGGGUUUUGAAUUAAUUGUUAAAUCUCUCUUACGUCUUCUAAUGCUUUCCCGUGAGCCUGUCGGUGAUGUUUAAGGCACUCAAGGGAACUUCAGUGUCGUGUCCGUAUGGGCAGAUACGUGGAAUAGUCAGAUAUGUAAUUGCCGAAAGCAAUGACAAGUUGCACCACGCUCAAAUACAGCACUGGGCGUGGGCAGUUAAAUGGUCAGUGAGGAUAUGUAACGGUCGGAUAUGUGACGUCUUGGAAUUGUGUUAUAUCACUCUUUCGUCUUCGAAUGUCAUCACGUGUGUAAUCCACUCAAGGAGUGUAAUGUUAACAUUUAAAAAUUGCCAAAGCUUUAUUGUCACUUGUAUAAGCAGUACUAGAAGGUGUUAUGUAACCUGAUUUGCAAAAAAACACAAGCAAAUCUGUUUGAACAUUCCAUUGGAUCAGGUUAAUCAUGACGAUAGUGCAAUGGUUAUCUCUGAAAAGCGGUUGUACAUCGUGCAAAGCGAAUUUUGAGCGUAAGACUGUCUAUUUCUAUACACUUGACUGCCGCUGUGUUUCUGCAUUCGUUUGUGUGGCAAAUGUAUUUUGAGAAGAGUGAUUUGUAUGGAAAAAAAACGCGUUUAUUUUAGAUGUCUUUUGUAAAAUAGUAAGUGUCAAUCACAAAUGUGUUACGUGAAUUAAAUACGGUAUCGGUGCCGAUACAAGCUGCACAUUGGUGCA